UACAGGCCGGCGCUUCAAUUUCGGAAUCUUGCACCCACUGAAGUAAACCUCGGGAAAUUCAUGAUUCAUUAACGUUACGCCAUUACUCUUUUCUAAAAUGUAACGUAGCGUGUCGCGGAGGAAAAAAAACGCGCUAGUGGAAAUUUGUACCAUUUGGAAAUUCUCAUAACUAAUUCACAAUUUUUUUGAGGAAGCAGUUGUGCAGUCAUCUCUGGUCGGGGAGGGAAGAUUUCUGGAGCGGGAGCCUGUUUCGCAUGAGCUGCAUCGUUUUUGGAGAAGCACAGGCUCAGAGGAGGUGGAGUCAUGAGUGCACAAGAGGCACCCAUUCCUGGGAAGGAGAAGGCGGAUGGUGGGAGUGCGGCCACAGAUGGUCCCUCACCAACCUUAGUCCCAAAGACUAAGAACACAACUCCACCACCUGUCACAGUAAAGAAAGAGCCUGGGACCUCAGAGACGAGUAAUGGGAAAGUGGGUGAUGCCAAUCCUGCUGAGAUCUGUGUUGUCAUUGGAGGAAAUGAUGGAGGAGCCAGUGGAGGUGCAUCCCGUAGAGCUCAGACCGAGGGUAUGUUUGCCCUUGGUACUCCUCCUCCAACGAAGAGCACAGACUCAUGCAUAGGUUCCUAUGUAUGCGGGGUAUGUGGGAAGAAAUACAAAUAUUAUAACUGCUUUCAGACACACGUCAGGGCACACAGAGAAUCAGAUAGCAUGGUUGCAGAUGGUCUUCCCCAGACACCCAACAUCUUGUCUCCUCACUGUAGCCGCCUUCCCAUAGGUGACAUCCUAAUACCAGAUAGCUUCCGUUACUCCUGUGACAUCUGUGGCAAGAAAUAUAAAUACUACAGCUGCUUCCAGGAGCACCGUGACCUGCAUGCAGUUGAUGAUCCAUAUGAACAGGUAGUGUUGCCUGUGGAUGGCCUUAAAGAGGAGGAGCCAGUUGAACCCUACCAGAAAAUUGGACCAAAAACUGGGAGCUAUGUUUGUGAGUUCUGUGGGAAGCAGUACAAGUAUUUCAACCCAUACCAGGAGCAUGUUGCUCUUCACACACCUAUGGGCUCUUUUGAUUUGAAGACAUCACGGGUACAGGAAUGUGGUAGCAUGGAUAUGAGUAAAUUUGGCCACAGCCAAACCGGUAAGAUUAAAAACAGUCCAUUCAGGCGGAAACUGGAAGGUGCAAUUCAGUCUAGUCUGGUUGACACAAACAGUUCACAGAAUUCAAGCGGAACUCCGAGCCCUCUGGUGGCCAGCACCUUCUCUACAACACAGAAACCCUACACUUGUGGUGCCUGUGGCAUCCAGUUCCAGUUCUACAACAACCUGCUGGAGCAUAUGCAGUCCCAUGCUGCGGACAAUGAGAACCACACCAAAGGGGACUCUCCCAAAACCUCCUCAGCCUCCGGUCCUCAAGAGCAGCUGUGGAGAGGCUCUCAGGCUCCGGCCCAUUCCUCAGUUAAACUACAAAUCCCGCCUCAAAGUAUCUCCCAGAGAAACCACACAGUCAGCCAGAAUAACGGACUACCUGAGAAGGAACGACAACAGGUGGCUGAGCGCCUCUUACGGGUAAUGUGUUCAGAUCUGAGCAUGCUAAACGUGCUCAACAGCAAGGACUUCCUGAAGUUGGCACAGACCCUAGUGGAUACGGGUGCUCGUCAUGGUGCCUACUCCACCCGUGAUGCUUUUGGCAACAUGAGUGCCUUGGCACUGCGCCAGCUGCCCCGCAUGUACAACCAAGUCAAAGUCAAAGUCACAUGUGCUCUAGGCUCCAAUGCUUCCCUUGGUAUCGCUGUCACCUGCCACUCCCAGACAUCAGGCCCAGAUGCUUGCUAUGUUCUAACAGCCUACCAGGUGGAGGGGUCGAGACUGAAGCGCUAUGUGCUCGGUGUGAGGGAGGCUGAACUGAGGGAAGGGCCCGAGCAGGUUCACCACUGGGUGCAGAAUGUGCUGUCUGAGUUUGUGAUGUCAGACAUUCGCACAGUGUAUGUCUCGGAGCCCAAAGUCUGGGCAGCAGGAUUUGCGGGAUCGCCACUUGGUGGUGGUGGCCGGAGCAGGAUAUGCUUGCGAUGCGCGGGGUGUUCACUCGGGGCAGUUGUCCAGGCUGUUCUUGGGAAGCGCAGCCUCCAGGCUCGAGGCCUUCAUGAGUUGUCUGAGCUUCUCUCAACGUGCCGAGAUAUUGCCUCCUCCACCACGCUGUCCCUUCGUGAGGAACAGUGCACCAACACAUCCACAAGCACAACUGAGGAAGGUACACAGGGCAGCCCUUCACAAUGCCCCAACCCUCCUUGCUGGGAUCGUAUGGCUGAAGCUCUUCUGCAGGUCCAUGCCCACUUUGAACAGAUUUGUGAGGCUUAUGGACGCAGUAAGACCACGGCUCCUCUCCUCCAAGGUCUCAACAAGCAUCUGCUAGGUACGCUGGCUUGUCUGCUGGCACCUCUGCGUCUGGCAGCUCUGGAGCUGAGCAGCCAGAGGAGACCAACCUUACAGCAGGUGCUGCCCGUCUACCUACGCUUGGAGAAGUUUUUCACUUCCAAAGCUGGAGAGGCUGGAACCGGCACGGCUAGCAAACUCUGCCACUACUUCCUUGAAGCACUUAAGGAAAAUUUCAAGGUUGAACGAGCCCACCAGGUAGCCAUGGUCCUGGACCCACAGCUCAAGCUGCGUUCAGUGCCAGCAUACCAGCAUGAAGAUAUAAUCUCGCGUGCAUGCGAAAUGGCUGCUGAAUCCAGGGAUGGAGGUAUGACUGGUGGUGGAGGUUCAGGUGGUGAAGAGCGGGACAAUGAUGGCCCACCAACCCCUAAAAUAAGCCGCGUAGAGGGAGGGGGAAACAACGGUGGCACUUUAAGGGGGACCUCCUCAUCUUGCACAGUGUCUGGUAAUGAUGAGAGUCAGAGCCAAGUUAGACAAGAGAUUUUUCAAUACUUGGCUGAGCCUCUUCUCCAAGGCACACCUGACCUCUUCCAGUACUGGAGCUCAGCAGUGAAUGAGAAGUUUCCCAGGCUUGCUCGCUUGGCAAUGUGGCUCCUUGCUGUGCCUGCUGUGGGCAUACGCAAUGAGUGUGCAACUGUGUGCGAGCAGAGCCUGGCUAUGAAGAGGAGGCAGCAGGUAACCACUGAGGAGAUGAACAAACUAAUUUUCCUUCGCUCAAACAUGGGCUAGGAGAGAAUCUUGACCAACCCUUAUCAACCAAACCUUCACCCCCAACCAAUGACUGAAGACUAUUAUUUAUAUACUGUAGGUUUAGAACAACUGUAAACUUAAAUGUGUUAAAUACUCAUCGAGAAAGAUAUUUACAGGAAACUCACAUUGUAUAGGUUGCAACACCAUAAAACAAUAUGACUUAUUACAUUUAUAUGGUCCUUUCAUACAAACAGUACUUUACAAACUCCAUAUAAGAAAGGACUGUUUGUAAAGUACUGUGGACAAAAUGUAGGGGUGGAACGGUAACUCAAAAGAUUGUCUCGUUUGGUACGCCACCCUCGGUUUGGGAUGCACACGUAAGCAGGAUCAGUCUUAUCAUGGCCAGUGACUUGAAUUACUCCAGCCUACUGACUAAACUGGUAAAAGGCUGCAAUGCUGUUAUUCUCACUGACUGGCAACAUUUUCAGGUAAAGUCAGCGUUCACUGCUUGGAACGACUGUCACAGACCUCUGAAAACACACAACAGUAAGUAAUGUUGCAUAUAGCUACAGUAUUUGGGGAAUGAUCAUUUUCAUUGGUGUACAACAAAAAAAUCAAGAGGUGAAUCUUCACUGCCAUUGCAUCUCUGCCGAUUAAGUGUACUAGGUUUAUUAUUUACUAUUGCGUAUCACUGAAAAUAUUUAUUUCAGCAUCAGGUCAGGAGCUAAAUCAUUGCAGCUAAUUUGAAGGUUGCUUCAGUGGCCUAAAAAUGUAGUUGUGGAUCAUUGUAUGCAUUUUUCAUUCAAAAGGGUAAAACACAGCUGAUAAAAACAUUAAUAGGGAUAUGAUGCUUUCCGGUUGUUGUUUUUUGUUACAAAAAGAAAAGUCAUCCAAUGGUUUGUUUUCUUUCUAAAAUUAACUCAAGAGGCCUUAUGCUGCUGGAUAUGCUGGUCAAAAGGCUAGAUUAGCACAGAAGGGCCUAUAUCAUGAAGUUAACUUGAAUAAAGUCAAACCUUUUGUUGAAUUUUUUUCCGUGCACAGAGAGGACAGAAUCCUAUUAGAACUUGUUUGCGGUCAGCUUUUACCAACAGGGAAUUAAAUGCCAUUUUGGAUAAACCAAUAUUUUAUUAUCUUUUAAUACCUGAUGGUACAACCCAGCUUGUAUGUCAGUAAAUACACAAUAAUGACAUCUAGAGGCCAUUUUGUGUGGCUUGAUGAUAGUUUCCAGUGCUGGUACUUAAGGAAUGUCUCAUCAGUCAGCUCUGUGAAAAGAGAUGUCAAUACACUUCUUUAUAUUGGAGGUGUUUUACCUGUGCAUUUCCCUCAGAUAAACAGCAGUAAUAUUAUUAGCCAUCAGUUUGGUAAGCUUGUUGGCAAGGAUUUAAUGCAUACUUGCAUAAAUCCUUGUGUGGAUGUUGCCCACUGUGUGUAUGGGUGUUGUUUAUUAUUAUUAUUAUUAUUAUAUUUGUGUGUGUAUAUAUAUAU